AUGACAGACAAGGACUUUGAGCAACUUACGGCGACACAGCUCGCAGCGCCAAAUGAGGAGGCGCAGCAUGCAGCUGACGAUGAGAAAUCUAUGAGCCUCGUUCAGGCGAUCAGACUUUACCCAAAAGCCGUUGGCUGGUCAGUCGUUCUGUCGAGUGCUCUGAUCAUGGAAGGCUACGAUCUCGCCUUGCUGGGGAGUUUGUACGGCAGCCCUCAGUUCAAUCGCAAGUACGGAGUUCUCAAUGCUGCUACUGGCAAGUACAGUGUUCAAGCUAGUUGGCAGAGCGCACUAUCCAACGGAGCACGAGCUGGCGAGGUCAUCGGUCUUGUCAUCAACGGCUUCGUUAGCGAGCGGUAUGGGUAUCGGAAGACCAUGAUAGGUGCCCUGAUAUCGAUGACUGCUUUCAUCUUUAUCCUGUUCUUUGCGCCUAAUGUUCAGACUCUGGUCAUCGGCGAAGUCUUCUGCGGGAUCCCGUGGGGCAUGUUUCAGACCCUCACAACGCAGUAUGCAUCGGAAGUUGCACCUGUACGUCUGAGGCCGAUUUUGACCACGUUCGUCAACAUGUAA